AUGAUCGCAACCAAGUCUUCCGUUCUAUAUCUCUUUGGAGACCAAAUUGCCGAUGCUCUUCCAUGCCUCCAAGACCUCAGUCGAUGCGCCGCUAACUCGGACGGACUGCGUCGCUUCCUGCGCUCUUCAACGGAUAGUCUGCGCAAGGCGAUAUAUCAAGCAUCCUUCAGUGAGAGACAGAGAUUUCCUUCAUGGGAUUCUCUGACGGACCUUGCUACUGCCGUUGAAUGCGAUGCUGCCCAUUGCCCUGCGUUGAAGGCUGCCAUUUGCUGCGUCUCUCAACUGGGCCAUGUUAUCUUGUAUCUUGAACAGUUUCCGAGAGCCAUGGAAUUUGGCUCUUCAUCUACACCUGGCCACGAUGCCGUUCUGGGACUCUGUACCGGCUCAAUCGCAGCCUCUGUCUUUUCCUGCUCUCGAAACAUUACUGAGCUAGUCCGUAUCGCACAUCACGCAGUGGCCUUGGCCUUCCAGCUCGGGCUGGAAGCAUCUCGACGAUCAGAGUACAUUCAGCCCUCCACAAUCUCGAAGAUCAGGGGUAGCUGGGCUACUCUUGUGAGCAAUGUCUCGGUGGAAGAUGUUCGUAAGGCUGUGGCCUCAUUCAACGCUCAGAUGCCCUCAAAGUGUAGCCAAAAGGUGUAUAUCAGCGCACAAAGUGCAUCUUCAGUAACCAUUAGCGGUCCGCCAUCAUACACGAGAGAGCUGCUCCGGCAAGAGUCAGUCUUUCAAGGACGAAAGACGAUCCCGUUGCCAAUCGCCGCCGCCUUCCACGCAGAGCAUCUCAAUGCAGUACCCUGGAAGAAACUCACUCAGACCUGCAUCGAUGCGCUCUUUAAGACAUUCAGGCCAAACAUACCAUUGAUCUCACCGAGCUCCGGUCUGCCUUAUGCUGCCGAUAACCUCUCCGAGCUACUGAUCCAGGUCGUCGACGACAUUCUGCAACAGCCCAUUAUCUUUGAGAAAGCCGUCAAGGGGGUGGCAAGCCUGGCUAGCCCGUCGAUCUCACUCCUCUCCUUUGGCGCGAACAGCUCCAAUAAGACGAUCAUCACUUCUUUAAAAGCAAUGACCGGUAUUGAAGUGGACGACAAAAGCAUAGCGACUUUCAAAACACCCGCGGACGAGCCUGAUACCAAAAACGCCAUUGCAAUUGUCGGCAUGUCAGUACGUCUUCCAGGUAGUGAAACUCUCGAGGAGUUCUGGAAGGUGUUGGAGCAAGGACGGGAUCUCCAUGAAAAGAUCCGUGCAGACCGGUUCGAUGUUGACACGCAUUGUGACCCUACCGGCAAGAUCAAAAACACGACCUUGACUCCAUACGGAGUGUUCAUUGACCGACCAGGAUAUUUCGAUACGCGUCUGUUCAACAUGUCCCCUCGUGAAGCGGCCCAGACAGAUCCCCAGCAGCGAAUGCUGCUUCUGACGACAUAUGAGGCGCUGGAGAUGGCUGGAUACACGCCCAACGGCAGCCCUUCGACCAAUACUCGUCGAAUUGGCUCCUGGAUUGGUCAGACAAGUGACGACUGGCGAGAGGUCAAUGCUAGCCAGAAUGUCGACACCUACUUCAUCACAGGCGGUAUCCGCGCUUUUGGACCCGGUCGACUCAACUACCACUUCGGCUGGGAGGGGCCCAGCUACUCGUUAGACACGGCCUGCUCGUCAAGUGCUGCGGCCAUACAGCUAGCUUGCUCGGCGUUGCUUGCUCGCGAAUGCGACACAGCUGUGGGCGGAGGCGCCAAUUUGCUCACUGCGUCUGAUCUGUUCGCCGGUCUGAGCAGAGGAAGUUUCUUGUCUAAGACCGGUGGCUGCAAGACGUUCGACCAUGAUGCCGAUGGUUAUGUCCGAGCAGAUGCCGUGGGUGUUGUUGUGUUGAAGCGCUUGUCGGAUGCGGUGGCCGAGCGUGACAACAUCCUAGCUGUUAUUAGGGCGACCGCCACCAAUCAUUCCGCCGAGGCUGUCUCCAUCACUCAUCCCCACGCAGAGACCCAAGAGCGCUUGUUUAUGACAGUUUUGGACAAGGCCGGUGUCCUGCCUCACAAUGUCGACUAUGCUGAGCUGCACGGAACUGGCACCCAGGCGGGCGACGCGAUUGAGUCAAGAUCCGUGACAAAUGUCCUGGCACGCGGUCGGACUGCUUCCAAUCCCCUAUACAUUGGAACCGUCAAGCCCAACUUGGGCCACGGAGAAGCUGCCAGUGGAGUCACCUCGCUGAUCAAGGCGAUCAUGAUGCUGAGGAAGAACAUGAUUCCUCCGCACGUUGGCAUCAAAGGUCGCAUCAACCAGAAGUUGCCCCAAUUCGCCGAACUCAAUACUCACAUCUCGUUCGGGAAAACUCCCUUCUUUUCCAGAACAGUUGGCGACGGGAAGCGACGGAUCUUGAUCAACAACUUCGAUGCGGCUGGUGGAAACACUAGCAUGCUCAUAGAAGAUCCCCCUGCGCGGUCCACCUCCGCUGAUUCUCCCCUCCUUGAUCCCAGAAGCCACCAUAUAGUCGCGGUUUCCGCGAAGACCCCAACAUCAGCUAUCAACAACCUGCGUCAAUUGCUGGCUCACUUGAAGCAGAGCACCAAGCUCGGGGUCCGUCUACAAGAUAUUUCCUAUACAACGACCGCUCGCCGAAUGCACUACAAUGUUCGCUGUGCGCUUGUAGCCUCAUCAGUCGAUGAUCUUGUCGCCAAGCUGGAAAAACAGACCGCAGAUGGCUCACAGUGGGCCAAGCCUGCGAACAAUCGGCCAGUAGUCUUCACCUUCACUGGCCAAGGGUCGCUGCGUGCUGGCAUGGCAAAGGAUCUGUUCAUGACCCAGCCUAGCUUCCGCGGAACGAUUCUGGACUGUGAUAGGAUGUCAACUGCUCAUGGUUUCCCGUCGUUCUUGCCAAUAAUCAUUGAUCCUACAAUGAGUGCUAAGUCUGCAACCCCCGUUCAGGCUCAGUUGUCUAUUAUCGCUGUCGAGCUUGCCCUGGCGGAGUUGUGGCGAUCAAUGGGUGUGGUGCCCACUGCUGUGAUCGGUCAUAGCCUGGGAGAAUAUGCUGCCUUGUGCGUUGCAGGAGUCCUUUCCGUCAACGACUGUCUCUAUCUCGUCGGAGUCAGAGCCUCCCUCAUGUUGGAAAAGUGCCAAGCUGCCUCGCACUCCAUGCUGGCAGUCCAGGAGACCCAAGGCAACCUCGAGGACAUUCUGAGCAACAAUGACAACCUGUCUGGGUGCGAGAUUGCGUGCGUCAACGGACCAAUCUCCACCGUGGUCAGCGGCCCAAUUGAUCAAAUCGCUUCUCUACACGCGCUUCUACAGGCGGAGAAGAAGAAGUCUACUCACCUCGAGGUUGAAUACGCAUUCCACUCAGCUCAGAUGGAGCCCCUUCUCGACGACCUCGUGAGAUUUUCCAAGACCGUUCAUUUUGCGACGCCUUCUAUACCAUUCGCAUCUACCCAGUUGGGAACAGUAGUUACAACAGGCGACAUUAUUGACUCACAGUAUCUGAAACGCCAGACCCGCCAAAGAGUCCAAUUCACCCAGGCCGUGCAGGCGCUUGAGUCCCUGCACGCAGGUAAUAGAGCCUCGCCAGUCUGGAUAGAAAUCGGACCGAGUCCGCUUUGCCUGGGUAUGAUCCGCAACAUCGCAGGCAAGGACCAGGUUCUUCUGCCGUCCUUGAAACGAGACGAGGACGAUUGGAAGACCAUGACUCAAUCCAUUGCAUUGGCGUACGAUGCGGGUGUGAACAUCGACUGGAGGGAAGUGCAUCGUCCAUACGAGCAAGAUCUGCAUCUCCUUGAUCUGCCCAGCUAUGCGUUUGAUCUCAGGAACUACUGGUUGCAGUACGAGGGUGACUGGGCCAUUCGAAAGGGCGCCUCAUCUGAGACUAGCCAGGCACCGAUCAAGAGUUUGCCGCCUACCUUCUCCACAAGUGGACUUCAUCGCAUUGAGAGUCUUGUCCGCGAUGGCGAGACGGGCAUUUCGGUCACAUUUGCGUCCGAGGCAGCUGAACCUAAGUUGAACAAGGCAUUGCGAGGCCACCUUGUUAAUGGUGCUGGUCUGUGCCCUAGCUCAGUCUAUGCCGACAUGGCAUUCACGGCGGCUGGCUACAUCCAAAGCGUCUUGAAUCCGUCGGCGCCGGUUGCUCCCAUGGAUGUCCGAGACAUGGAAGUGCACAAGCCCCUUUUGAUUAAACCAGGCGCAACGAAGCAGAUCAUUCGGGUCACUGCCACAUUGGAGCCUUCCAGUCAUGCCAUCAUGGUGAAGUUCUCUUCUGAGGAUGGCGGCGCUCUCCAGGACCAUGCCCAUUGCCGUGUCCAUCGCGGCGAGGCUGACGUGUGGAAGUCCGAAUGGACCCGGACAAGCUACCUUGUCAAAUCCCGGAUGAGCCAGCUUAUUAAGGACUCAAGCAGUGGAUAUGUUCACAAAAUCCUACGACCGAUGGUAUACAAGCUGUUCGCUGCUCUAGUCGACUACGACGACAAGUACCAGGGCUUGCAGGAGGUCUACAUGGACAGCGAUCUCUUGGAGGCUACUGCCAAGGUCCGCUUCCGCACCACACCAGAAGAUGGCACCUUCACCUACAGCCCGUAUUGGAUCGACAGUCUGGCGCAUCUGUCUGGUUUCGUGUUGAACGGUGCCGAUACUACGCCUGCCGACAGUGUGUACAUUUCGCACGGGUGGAAGAGCAUGAAGAUCGUUGGGGAGCUCUCUGAGAAAAAAAGCUACCAGAGUUAUGUACGCAUGCAGCAGACUAGGACAAAGGGUGUUUUGUCCGGUGAUGUAUUCUUUUUGGAUGACGGUGAAGUGGUCGCUGUCUGCCAAGAGCUCAAGUUCCAACGUAUCAAGCGCGCGAUUCUCGACCACUUGCUGCCUCCCGCUCUGGCGACUCCCCCCGCCGGGGUCGAGGCGAAGUUCGCUCAAACUGUUAAGCAGCAAUCAACAAUCGUUAUCAAGACGAAUACAGUUACCGCCGUGCCACAUCACAGCAAUGUGCUCCAUAUCAUUGCCUCCGAGGUUGGUAUCGAUGUGUCUGAGCUUGCAGACGAUGUUAUGUUUGCGGACUUGGGUAUCGACAGUCUUCUCACAAUCAGCAUCACUGCUCGACUGAGCAGCGAGCUCAACCAGGAGAUCCCAAGCUCGCUCUUCGUGAAUUUCCCGUCAGUUCGAGAGCUUUGUGGGUAUUUCUCCGCCUCAGCCAAGACUGCGCCCGCGCCUUCGAGUGACAGCAGCGACAGCAGUAACGAACCCUCCAGCAGUGACGAAGACUCCAGCCUGGACACUCCGAUUACUGAGGCAGCAUCUCCCGCUAACGAGGGCGUGAGCUCCACCGAUUAUAUUAGAAAGAUCAUCGCCAAUGAACUGGAGAUUGACGUGGCUGAGAUCGAUGAGCACAUCCCUCUGGCGGAACUCGGCGUAGACAGCCUGCUCUCAAUCUCGAUCAUCAGCACCAUCAAGACCCAAACCGGCAGGGUGUUGCCGUCCAGCUUCCUGAUCGACCACCCAACCCUGGCAGAGAUCGAAGUUGCUAUUGAUGGCCGUAGGACUGCACCCGUGGUGUCAUCCCCUCAGCUUGCAAAGGCCCUCGAGGAGAUUCAAGAUCGACCCAGCUCAGCAUCAUCCGAAUACAAGGCUGAAGCGGUUCUGCUUCAGGGAUCUCUUUCGGUCUCCCACGGUGCAUCGCUGUUUAUGCUACCUGAUGGCUCGGGCAGUGCCAGCAGCUAUGUUGGGCUGCCCUCGCUAAAUGCCCCCGGUCCAAUUUAUGGGUUGAACAGCCCAUUCCUAAAAUCGCCGUCUUCCUUCGACUGCUCGAUCCCAGAAGUCGCCGCCAUGUACGUCCACGAGAUCCAACGCGUCCAGCCACUCGGGCCCUAUCGCUUGGGUGGAUGGUCGAUCGGCGGAUCUUUUGCAUUCGAGGUCGCGUCGCAGUUGAUCCAAAAGCACGGCGAAACAAUCGAGUCGCUGAUCCUAAUCGACGCCCCGUGUCCGAGUGUGUACCCACCCCUCCCAAUUGAGACAGUCGACCUCCUCGAAACAAUUGGGGCGUUCAACGGCCUGAAGAACGACAAGCGCAACGGCUUGUCCCCAACGAAGCAGAGCUCAAUUCCUCAGAGAGUCCGUGAACACUUCAUUGGCUCAAUUAAGGCACUGAAAACCUACAAACCCAAGCCAAUCCCCAUCUCGAGCCAAGGACCCAAGUCCAUCACGGCCCUGUGGGCGCAAAAUGGAGUCUGGGAAACAGUGGGCGAAGCGAAGAUGUCUCAAUUCCAAGAUCUAGCCCGCAUUCGCCGCAACCAAGCCGAAGAUUGGAUCUUGGACCCACGAAAAAAUGCCGGGCCCAACGGCUGGGACAGUUUAGUUUCAGGAGUGCCCGUGACAUGUGCAGUGAUUCCUGGCGAUCAUUUCACGAUGAUGAGAAACCCCGGUGUGAAAGAGCUGGCCGCCAAAAUGACGGAGGCAUUGCGGUGA